CUCCGAAUCAGCAGCCAUCUAACCACCCCGUCGUCGGCCCAUCCAGAUCAAUUACAGCCGGGCGCGACCUGAAAAUCCCAUCCCUUGACAUAUCUCCCAUCAGAAAGUAGUCGCUCAGGCGCUCCAACCGUCACAAUGGUCAACCUCUUCAAGCGGAUGCGGAAGCUGAAAACCCUCCUCAACAUCCAAGUCGGCACCGGAGCCGCAACCCUCCCCACUGUCGCAAACGCCUCGAAAGAAUUCCCCGCCAUCACGCGGCUGCACCUCACAUACGCCCGCAAGAUCUACGGCGGACACCAAGGCGCGCGACAUUUCUGGCGCAACUGCCUCCCCCGACUCAAGUACUACAACCCAGCGAUUCCCAUGACGGUGCGCCAAACAGAGGAACAAGAAGGUCCCGCCGCAUUGACGAUCUACUUCGCCGAGCGCGCCAGCAAUGCCGCAUCCCUGCUCUCCGCUAAGGACGUCACGGACAAGCAUGCCCCGGCCCCCGGAGAGGCGGAGCAGGCCGCUGUGCUGGAUGUGAAGAACCUUGACUACAAGGAUAUCUGGGCUAAGGUGAAGAACAUGACGGGCGCGCAGGAAAUCCAGCCUACUCCGGAGCAGGAGUCUGAGUUGCAGAAGUUGGAGCAGUUGAGGCAGCAGAGUGAUAAGGAUCGCGCGCGUAUAGCGGCUAUUCGUCAGGCUAAGGCGGAUCAGGAACGUAUGUUGCAGGAGGCUAGGGGUGAGGUGGAGAAGUUGAGGCAGUUGUAG